UUAAUGGAAACACCAGAUGAAACUUCAAGACUUGACUAUUAUGGGGCGUUUUCUCAUGCAAUUGAUGUGAAAGAUCUCAAACCUGGUGACCAUAUUUACUGUCAUAGAAGUGCCUUAUUUUUCUACAGUCAUCAUGGCAUUUAUGUUGGUGAGCCUGACUGUGAGGUGAUUCACUUCAGUGGUAUACCAGACUCCAAGAUUGGGUCAUCAUCAGAUUCGUCCUUGGAUGAUGAAACAAAGCUGUUGCUACAAGAGCUUCAAACAUUACCAAAAGAUUCCGAAAGAGCUAAAGAAAUUGAGAAGAAAUUAAAAAUUAGCAUUAAAUCAACUACUCUUGCUAAUUUUCAGAGUGGCUCUACCCUUCGCUUAGUUGCAUACAGCUGCAGUGGAACCAAACAUUUUUUUGCCGUGGUUAGUAGCCACUAUGUGAAGGCAAUGCCUCCUUCUGAAACGGUUAAGUUAGCCAAACAUUUUCGUGAUCAUCCAGAAAAAUGGAAUGAGUAUCACCUUCAAUAUAACAACUGUGAAACAUUUGCGACAUUCUGCAAAACAGGCCGAUUGGAUUUAGCAGCACAGCUUUACCAACUUGUGAGAAAUGUGUUUACUGAAUGGAAGAUGGAGCCAACAUUCCAGACAGCUGAGGAAGCAUUGGAAAAAUAUG